AUGUAUGUCGUCUGUCAGAAACAGGGAUGCAGGAUCGAACUGACAGCCCCUCGCUCUCUUCCAGGUUCCGAGUGCGCACCUAUGACCGCUGCAACUGGAUAUGUUAGGGUGGGUAUUGUAUUGAGCGACCGGGCGGAAGCGUCUCUGAUGGAUUGGAUACUCCUUGAUAGUCGCCUCUGCGGUGUGGGCGCCCUGGCAGUAUCCCAGCCCUCGUAA